AUGAGGCUCUCCAGCGCUUGGCUGUCGCUGUUGGCGAUAGUUCCGUGGCCUGUCAGUGCAAGUGGCUCUGAUCAUGCGAGGAGAGAAACUGAGACAGUGACAGAGAUAGUGACCAAGGCCGGAGUGACUUCGACUCAGACUGUCUGGCAAUGCAGCCCGGCGUCAAUCACACCAUUUCCAGCUUUUGACAAGCGGAGUCCCAAAGACCAAUACACGACUGCGCCACCUGCAUUGCUAGGCAGCACAAGCCAGAUGGGACCCGAAGGGUUGACCAUUUCUGUGACUGUGGCAAUUACAGUCUGGAUUGGACUGGGUGAAGAAACUGUGACUGAAACCAUUCACGAUACGACAACCGCGACAGUCACAGAUGUUUCGACUACAACGGCCACCCUAGGCGCAACGACAGUGACUGUCUCGCCCACGCCACAGCCAGGAAGUACUGUGACGGACACUGUGACAGCGACGGUAACGUCUAUCGUGGGUGGGUCGACAGUCACAGUCCCUGGGGCUGGCACGACAGCCACGCUAACGUCCACCGUGGGAGGCUCGACAGUCACAAUCCCUGGGGCUGGCACGACAGCGACUGUAAUCUCAACUGUUGGGGCAACUACAAUUACUUCCACUGUCGGCGGUACGACGGUCACUUUGUCUCCUACAGAGCCAGUAGGAACCACUGUAGUUUCCACCGUGGCUGGAACGACAGUCACUCUGUCGGAGCCCGACGAAACAAUCACAUUGGUCUCGACAGACUACAUAUCGGGGUCUGUCAUCAUAUCUGGAUCGAUUCUGACGUUGCCGCCUACAACCGUGACACUGUCAGGAUCUGAUUCAGCGACCACUGUGGUCUCGACCGAACCGGGUUCUACUAUUACAUCAGUCAUAAUAGAGCCUCCUACUACAGUCACAGUUCCCGGAACCACUUCGACCUUGCCUCCGUCGACCAGUACGUUGACAAUAACCAUCCCAGCAACUACGGUGACAGAAUCAGGUUCGACCAGGACUUUGCCGCCGUCAACUACAACGUCAGUCACGACGCUGCCGGGUAGCACUGUCACACAGUCUGAGACUACAACUGUUCUGCCUGGGUCAACCGUGACCUCCAUCAUCACUCGGCCGGAGACGACAAUUGCUGGAUCCACGUCGAUUGAGACGGUAUCUGUGACCGUGUUCCUAACAACAACGUUGACUGACACAGUCACCCUCUCUGUCAGUCUUCCUCCGGAGGACUAUGUGUGCGCGCCCGACGAAUGUAUUCCUGCGCCGGCCUUAUACGAAAACAACAAUGGCUCUGUGUGGAGUGUACAUGCUGAGCAGCUAAAUCUUUAUAAUGUGUCGACUCAAUACUUCAAUCUGGACCCGACAAUCUUCGAGUUGAACUAUACGACUGUAUUCAAUAGCUCAAACCCAGCGCUCAAGACUAUCCAGAAGCGAGCUGCUUCCGAGUCCCAGAGUGGUGCCAGAUCUUUUUGGGACUUCAUCUCGGGGCAAAAAGAGAAGAGGGAUCCAGUUGACAAUGUACCAAGUAACUGCUAUAAUGACUGUGCUUCGGUCGCAUUGGAUGGGCAGAGAGAAGGAAAGUCCGACUCGCUUUGUGAUGCUGAAUCCAAGUUCAUGGAAGCUCUGGACCGCUGUCACACAUGUAUUGACCAUUGGUCCAAUGGGGGUGAAGACUCAUACUCCCAGAUCAUGAUACCCAAUUUUGCACCGUGGCUGGAUUUCUGUAAUGGGAAGUCCUCAACAUCAACGGCUGCUACACCGACUACGACAUCAGCGACGGCCACCACCACUGCUACAAUAACUACGACCACGGAGACGGCAGGAACUAGCACUAGCAUCACUCUGAGCACUGGAAAGACCAGCACUGACAAGAGCACUAGUGGGGCAUCCACCAUGCCUGAAACGUCUGCAAAACCCACAGAGAUUGCGACAUCAAGUGGAACGGCUACUGAGAACGCAACCACGUCCGCAGGGCUUUCCACGACUGUCACAGGCUCGACAACGACUCAUGAUACUACAAGGGCCCACACGGUGUCUUCGUUCUUUUCUACCACCUCCACCACCGUUCUUUCUGAAACUAUGGUCAUUGGGAGUGGGACGACAAGUACACUGGGUGUGACUGACAGCCAGGCAGCUACAGGUGGGGCGAGCCCAGGAAAAAGCACUGAGGACCCCAAAACUACUUCGGCCGACGUUGCAGGCACAACAUCUGCUGCCGUAUCAGGUACAGGCGACGGGAGUCAAUCAAGUUCAGCGAGCAUUUCCCCAUCAGCCACCCGGGGAUUCAAUGCGGCGCCUUCUCUGAGCCCGCCCCGAAGGAGCUUGCUCUACCUUGUAUCGGCCAUAGUUGCUUUAUUGUUUUGA